UCAGUCAGUUCAUCUUAAAACGUCGAGCAUUAAAGACGUUCAUACACUUACGCUAUGAUUUUGUGAACAGAAACAUUAGAAAUCAAAAUGAAGUGGAGUAACUUAAUAAUCUUAACUUUGUCAGUUGCAGUGACACAGUCUAAAAUAUUAGAAGAACUUGAAAUUAAAAUAUCUAAAGAUAUUCCGGCAUUAAACUGUGAAAAUAUAUUAAAUAAUUUAGAGGAUUUGCUGACCUCCAGUUCUCGUCAGUUCUAUUCUGUUACCGGAUACCCAAUAAAUAGAGUUACCAUACAUCUUCCGCCCUCCUGGCAACACUCACCUUGCAGCUCCUCCGCCAUGUCCGCCCCCAGCCUAGCCUCUGCCCUAGAUGUUGUUGUUGAGGACACGCCUUACAGCCUGCCCCGAGGGGGACAAUUUGGAGGGUGUGGCACGAGAGGGCUGUCCUUAUCCCUCCCUCUAACCUCUAUAAGUCAAAAUAUUACGAAAAAUACAGAUCAGACAUUCUUUACUCAGCUGUUAUCCAACAGCUUUGGACUGUUCUCCAACAGCGGGAGUAACAGCUCUAAGAGAUACCCAGCUCAAUAUAGUGUUGGAAACCAGUUGUUUGACAACCUCGGUUGCUUCUCAGGGGACAAUAUUUGCUCCGAUCUUGAUUACAACCCUGAUGCUCCGACCAAACAGAACCUUCUCUGCUCUGGACAAUCCUGGCUCCAGAUCAUCCGACAAACAUACCCGGAGCUGAACCAAACCCUGCCUGAGCAGGACUCGGAGAACCAGACCGACCUGGUUCCUGAGUUUGUAUACAGUCUAACCCUUGAACCUGUUCUGGUUCUCCUGCUGGAUAGAUCUGCUCAAAUGGAAGAUCUCAACAGAUGGAAAAAUGUGCACAAUGCAUUACACAGGAUCAUAUCAGAUAUACCGAGUGGGACUAGAAUAGGGAUCAUUACCUACGAUGCAGAGGAAAAAAUCAACCUGGAGCCUACGGAAAUCACAGAAUUUAACCGGGCUGGAAUCCACGGAAAAAUUCCAGGAAGAGUUGGCAAAUCCGGGAAACCGUGCCUCGCCUGCGGAUUGAAAUCCGCCGGAGAAAUGGUAAAAAAUGGCGGGAAAGUUAUCUUGGUUUCAUCCGGGGAAGGGCACAAGGAUGUAAGCCCCCAGUUGGUAAAGAACUUGUCCUUGUACCUGAUUGGAUACUCUGAUAUGGAACAGAAUCUGAUCAGUUCUUCUGCUGAGGAUGUUUUUAUCCUGAGGGAAAAUGAUAAUGUUGAUGAUGUUGCAGACAUCUUUUACCAGAUACUCAAGACUGAAGAAAUGAUUGAGUCAAGGUUUAGAUUCUACACACGGAAGUUCAGGGUUCAGUCCAAUGAACGGAUUGGUGGGAAGUUUGUUGUUGAAGAGAGUUUACGGUCCGGACUUCAUGUUGUAGCUGGGACGGAAAUGAAGGAGGAUGUUGAGAUGUUUGAACUUAUCUCACCGUCAGGGAAACAGUUCCAAUUUCCGGUUGUAGAGCAUGGAAUACUUCACUUCCAGUUCCCUGGUCUCAGUGAGCCUGGAGUAUGGGGAUACAACUUCAAAACAGUUUCAUCCGCCUCCCGCCAAUCCUUUCAAGUGUCCAUAUCCGCCACGGCGGAGAAAAAUGAAGCGGAAACUGGUUCUCUCCAGGUAUGGUUAAGUAAUGAGACACCUACUAUAAUCUAUGCUAGAGUAAGGUAUGGUUCUCUACCAGUUUCUAAUGCUAGUGUUACCGCUAGUAUCAUAUUGCCCGGGGAGGGAAAUCUGGAGUUGGUCCUACAAGAUAUGGGGGGAGGAUAUCCAGACAUUACCCCGGGUGAUGGCAUCUACUCUGCAUAUUUCACUCAGAUCUCUUCGAAACCAGGAUUCUAUACCACCAAUCUACAGGCUUCAGACGGGGCAGGAGGAGCACAAAUCUUAAAUCUGGACAAUUCAGAGACCCCAACGCCGUCAUUCACGCGCUACGCACGCGCCACAUUCUAUUUAGCUGAGGGCGCAGAAUAUUUCAUAAGAGAUGGAAUACCACAAAUGAAUGACAAAUUUCCUCCAGCUAGAAUCAUAGAUUUGAAGGUGGAGAAUUAUUUGUCGGACAGCCUCCAGGUCCAGCUGGCUUGGACAGCUCCUGGUGGAGAUCUUAACACAGGAGGAGCUGUUUCCCGAUAUGAUAUUCGCUGCUACACCAACAGAGCUGCUCUAAAUGAAGAAAACUUUUCUGUGAUUGGAAUUCCAGUUCCUGAUAUCCUAGUUCCUGUUCCUGGUUCUCCAGGUUCAAUUCAGGAGGUUAACAUCACCCUCCCCUGGCAUAAUGAAAUAUUCUACUACGGAGUAGUAGCUGUAGAUGAUUCCAACAAUAGAGGUCUUGUGUCCAACCUAGUUCCUGUCUUUAUUGACGAGGUUCCAACUGUUCCUGAGAAUCCUGAAGAAUCAUCUCUAAAGUCUGCACCGAUCUUUCAGCACAAAGAUGAUAAUAUAGUAUAUAUAGUGUCAGGAAGUUUGACAGGAUUGGCUCUAAUAGCACUCUGUUUUGGUAUAGCGUUCAUUUGUAGGACAAAGAAAAAGGAUGUUCUGGAUAAAUCUGAUUCUUUAGAUUAUAUUAAAGAACUGGGGCCAUCCACUCUACUCCCGGCCAGCCGGUAUUCAUUCACUUAUCCGGAUAAAGCUUUCGACCAUCCGGAAUCCGGAUAUAUUUCACAGCACUAUCCAAGCCAAGCCGGGACUUAUUCUACUACGGUUGGAACUUAUUCUUCAGAGUCAGAGACUUACUCUCCGGAGGCUGGGGCUUAUUCUCCUAAAACUGGGACUUACUCCCCACCCAGGACCUCUCCAAGUGAGUAUUCAACUGACUCAGUGUUUAUGACUUCUAAACCCCAGAGUUCUCUGUACGUCACCUACCAAAAUCUACCAACUCGAGUAGAGAGUUCUGGUAGCGAACAAAGCGAGUUAAACUCUGAGCUUCAGAGGCGAGAAUGGGAACUUAUGAGACAAAGCUGUGAAUCUGAGAUUAUUUCCCAAACCUGGAGUGGGAAGCAAAGUACUUACUCUGGUACCUGGAGCCCCCAGGACGGAGGGGAUCAAGAUGAGAGAAGUAAAGGGUUGGAUAUCCAAUCCUACUCCGGGUCCAGCGGGAACCAGGAUUUCAAGGAUAAGAGAAGAAGAAGAGAAUCCUUCGUUUGAUUUUGAAGAUUAAUUCAACCUGAAUUGUAAUUUAUUCUGUACAAAUAUAUCUUAGAAAAUUAAAA